UUUUGAGAGAAAAUGUAAUGAAAAAGUAAGAAAUGAUACCCAUGACGUCAUUUAGGAAUCGUGGCUGAGUGUUUACAGCGAGCAGAAGGCGAAGUAUAUAUGGAGGAUUUUGGGUUAGCAGUAGUGUGUGAUGACGACUCGGCGAAGGCGCGCAGGGUCUGAGUCUUACGUGGAGGAGCUGACGGUGCCUGGGGCCUCUGCUAGUGAGCAUCCCCAACAGUCGCAAACUCAGCCUGCCCACCCUCAGGCGCCUUACAAUCUCUUGCCACAGGUCGUCAGUCCUUGGGGAACACCAACAGCAAACGUCCCUGCCAACCAAGCUUAUUAUAAGAAAACAGAUACUGUUAGCCCAACUGCUGUGCCUGUCUCCUCACCUUGGGCUCCAGAACUGCAGAGUGCUCCCUACAAUAGUGGGGCAGCAUAUGGAACAACUCAGUGGAAUACUAGUAGUGUAGAUAAUCAAGGACAGUGGAACAGUAACGGUGCUCAGUGGAACAGUGGAGGGUGGAAUAACGGUGGAACACAAGCUGCAGAAGGACUGUGGAACAGUCAAAGUGCCUCAUCUUGGACCAGUGGGAAUUCCAUUCUGACUGGUCUUGACGAUUCAGAUAUGGCGUCUCGUGACCGCACCCAGGAGUUUGCACGAAUUGUGCGAUCGCAACAAGGUAGUCUAUCAAAUGGUGCUCUGCCCCACAAAGAUGGAAAGAGAACACGUGACUUGCGUCAGUACAAAGACUUCAUGCAAAGAUCCAAGUUGAUUCACAGAAAUAUAUCCAGCACAUGGGCAAAAUUGGAAAAGUUAACUCACUUGGCAAGAAAAAGAUCUCUGUUCGAUGACAGCCACGACCGAGAGAUUCAGGAGUUGACAGGCAUCAUCCGCCAUGACUUGUCUUCCCUGACCAAGCAGCUGGGAGACCUUCGCAACCGAUCCCAUGUCUCGGUAUCCGGGAACAAUACUGCUCACAUACAGAAACACUCCUCCAAUAUUGUGGGAUCACUCCAGACCAAGGUGGCUCUUAUAACACAGAAAUUUAAGGAUGUCUUGGAGGUUCGAACUGAGAACUUAAAGAAACAGGCAGAACGGCGAGAGCAAUUCACAGGUGGCGCUGUCAGUAGUGAGUUACCUCCAGGUGCUGUAGCAGGACACCAUCAAGGUUCUGUGUUGUUAGCAGAUGAAGCGGCUGCAUCAGCUUACAGCAAUGGUGAAGUGUCCAUUAAUUUAGGGCAAGGAGGUGCUUACCAUCAACAGUUGCAACUGAUGGAAGAACAAGAUACAUAUUUACAAAACCGGGCUGAUACAAUGCGUACGAUUGAAUCAACUAUUGUAGAACUAGGCCAGAUGUUUACACAGCUGGCAACUAUGGUCAAAGAGCAAGAGGAAUUGGUUCAUCGAAUUGAUGCCAACGUAGAAGAUGCAGAAUUAAAUGUUGAAGCAGCCCAUUCCGAACUUCUUAAGUAUUUUAAGUCAGUUUCAUCUAAUAGAAUGCUGAUGAUUAAAGUGUUUGGUAUAAUGAUUGUUUUCUUUGUUAUUUUUGUUGUUUUUAUGGCAUAGAAUAUAUGUGAUAUUAGUAUUGUUUAUAUUGUGAGAGUAUGGAAUCUUGUUAACACCAUAAUAGAAAGGUAUCCAAUAGCUUUGUAAAAUAUAUAUUAUUAUAAUAAUGAGUAAUGGAAAUUAUUGCCAGUACUUUUAGAAAGUAAAAUUCUCCUCCACUUACAAUUGUAAGUACCAAAAAGUACUGAUGACUGCAGCUCAUACAGGAUCAGCAGCGCCUCAAGUGGUACUUGUCCAAAACAUAGUUCAGAAAGAAAGUAUUGCUAGAUAUUACCACUAGGUUGGUACUUGAGGUUUCAGCAUUAUUACUUGGAAUGAGCGCUGAUAUGAAUUCCACCCGUAAUUUUGGAGUCAUUUUCAUAACAGUUGUUUAAUUGGUACUAUGUUGUGAGUUCAUAAGUAGAGGACAGUUCUGCAAUCAAAUAUUACAGGCAGUAGUUUCCAGCUCGGAUAAUGAGUAUAACUGAAGUAUGUUUCAAGGUGUUUGUGGGACAGACUUUUAUUUUAUU